AUGAAUAAUGGUCAUCAUUGCAUUGUAAAAUAUAAAACUAGUAUAGUUAAUAACCCCGAUGGGCUGCCGGGGCUGUUUUUUCAGAAGUACUGGCAUAUAGUAGGGGAAGAUGUCAAGAGGAUGGUGCUGGAAAUUCUGAAUGGUGAUAAAGAUCCGACUGAUAUGAACAGAACCUUCAUUACUCUUAUUCCGAAAUGCAAGAACCCAACGUCCCCAAAGGAUUUUAGGCCAAUUAGCCUAUGUAAUGUGGUAAUGAAACUUGUCUCGAAGACAAUAGCAAAUAGGGUGAAAAUGGUGUUGCCGAACAUUAUUGAUAAGGAACAGAGCGCUUUCGUCCAAGGAAGACUCAUCACUGACAAUGCCUUGGUCGCAAUGGAAUGUUUUCAUUGGAUGAAAAAGAAAACGAAAGGAAAGAAAGGGAUAAUGGCGGUUAAACUCGAUAUGUCUAAAGCGUAUGACAGAAUGGAGUGGAGAUUUGUAGUGGGAGCCCUCGAAGCCAUGGGAUUUCCAAGGAACUUGACUACACUGAUUGAGAAAUGCAUCUCCACGGUGUCGUUUCAGGUUCUUGUCAACGGGCAGCCCAGCAGAAUUUUUUAUCCGGAAAGGGGUCUCCGUCAAGGAGACCCCCUCUCACCUUACCUGUUUGUUAUUUGUGCAGAUGUUCUGUCCGGUUUAUUGAAGAAAGGAGUUGCAGAAGGAAGCUUAAAUGGGAUUCAGGUUGCGAGAAGAGCCCCAAAGAUCUCCCAUCUUUUUUUCGCGGACGAUAGUAUUCUAUUUUCAAGAGCUAACAUCAAUGAAGCAGAGAAAAUUCUGGAUGUUCUUUCAAUCUAUCAACAAGCUUCUGGCCAAAUGGUGAACCUUGAGAAAUCCGAAGCCUCCUUCAGUCGAAAUGUGCGUGAUGAGGUCAAACAAAUAAUCUAUGAUAGGAUGGGAGUAAAGACGGUGGUUUCUCAAUCGAGAUACUUAGGGCUUCCUGUUGUCUUGGGCAGAUCCAAAAAGGAGGUUUUCUCUCUUUUGGUGGAGCGAAUUUGGAAGAAAGUGAAAGGGUGGAAAGAAGGUUUUCUCUCGAGGGCUGGCAAGGAAGUGUUAAUCAAAGCGGUGGCACAAGCUAUCCCUAGUUACAUAAUGUCUUGCUACAAGAUUCCUACUGGAGUUUGUGAGGAGAAAGAGAGGAUGCUAGCGAGGUUUUGGUGGGGAGCGAAAAAUGGAGAAAGAAAAAUCCACUGGAUGAGCUGGGAGAGGAUGUCAAAAGCAAAAGGCAUGGGGGGGAUGGGCUUUAAAGGAAUAUCUGAUUUCAAUACUAGUCUCUUAGGCAAGCAUUAUUGGAGACUUAUGAAGGAAGAAACAUCGUUGCUGAGUGAAGUAUGGAAGGGCCGUUAUUACCCCAAUUGUAAAGUGCAGGAGGCUGGAGUGGGGUUCUCCCCUAGCUACGCUUGGCGAAGUGUGCAAAGUUCAAAAGAGUUAGUCUUGGAAGGGUCACGGUGGCGGAUUGGGAACGGGAGGAGUUUGAAAAUUUGGGAGGAUAAGUGGGUUCCUAAUGGCAAUGACUACCGAAUUUUAGGACUGGUCAGAGGAUUGGACAGAAGUGCAACGGUGGAUAACCUCAUCGAUUCUGAUAUGUGCACUUGGAAUAGAGAUAGAGUGCUGCAAUGCUUUGAUCAAGCUGAAGCAAAACAAGUUCUUAGCAUUCCGCUGUCUCUUAGAAGUUCCACGGAUUCGCUAAUAUGGCAUAGGGAAGUGAAUGGGAAUUUCCCCGUUAAAUCAGCGUAUCAUCUAUGCAAAAGGAUGAAGGCGGCGAAGAAGGCAAGCUCGUCAAAUCAACAGAGUGAGAAUUUCUGGAAAAAAAUCUGGAAAGUUCCCGUUUUGCCAAGAGUACAGAAUUUCAUUUGGAGGCUUAGUAAGGACAUAAUCCCAACCAAGACCAAUUUACAAAAGAAAGGGUGCUGCUUAGAAACUCUUUGUCCCUUCUGUUCUUUAGUCCUUGAAUCCCCUUCCCAUAUUUUCCUCCACUGCCAAUUUGCUAAGCGGGUUUGGUUUGCUCUGCCGACAAGCAUUAGAAUUCCAGAGGGAGAAGAUGUGAUAAAUUGGCUGAAACAAACGCUGGGUGGAAAAGAGAAAGAUGUAGACAGAAUCAUUUGUAUCACACUUUGGAAAAUCUGGAAGGCGCGAAAUCUAGUGGUUUUUGAAAAGAAAGGUGUGGAACCUUGGUGCAUUGGAAAGGAAGUAAUGGAAGCAGUGUGGGAGUCCAAGUCUGCCGUGCCGGAUAGAAAGAGAACAACGGAGCCUGAGAUGGAUUGGAACCAAAAUCUUGAUGAGUUCCACUAUGUUUUUACUGAUGCAGGAUGCUUCCCGAAUGGUUCCAUUGUUUUAGGUUUGUCAUACCCCAAAUUUGUCCUACCCUGUCAAUAUUAA